CACACACCUCUCCUCCGACCCCCCUUCCCUCCCGCGGCCGGCGAUGGCCGCCUCCCGCCGCCUGGCGCGGAAGCUCCCCUCCAUAAUCUCCAAGCACCAGCGCCUCAUCUCGCCGGAGAUCGAAACCCUAGAGGAGACCCCCGAAAUCUCCACCUCCCCCGCCUCCAUCCCCCUCGACCCCUCCCUGCCGCUCCUCCCGCUCGCCGUCUCCCACCUCUCGCCGCCGAGCCCCGUCCCGGCUCUCCCCUCCGCGCACGCCUCCUCCCCGGAGGCGCUCCUCCGCCUCCUGCACCGCGCGCGGCACCACCCGCGCCUCGCGGCGCUCGACCUCCAUCUCCUCCUCGCGGCCGCCGACGCCUCCUCGGCCUUCCGCCCCGACCACCGCCUCACGAGCCUCCUCGCCGCGCGCCUCGCAGCCUCCCGCCGCCUCCCCUCGCUGCGGCGCCUCCUCCAGCUCGUCCUCUCCCGCCCCUGCCCCUGCGCCGACGACUCCAUCUUCGCCUGCCCCGAUCUCCUCCCGACCUUCCGCAAGGCCAUCCUCGCCUUCGCCACCUCCGGCGACAUCCCCGCGGCGUCCGAAGCCCUCGCGUCCCUCCGCCGCGCCGCGGACUCGCCCCUCCCCGCCGAGUUCUACAACAUCAUUCUCCACGCUCUCGCCCGUCUCCACCGCCACGACGACGCCAUCCGCUUCUACGGCGAGAUGACCAGUGUCCACCGCGUCGCACCGGAUGCCUACACCUUCAACAUACUCAUCAACAGCUCCUGCCGCGUGGAAGGCGUUGAUGCCGCCAUGGGGUGGUUCGAGGAGAUGCAACGCCGGAGCUGUGCACCGACUGGUGUGAGCUUCAAUACUCUUAUGCGCGGGUUCUUCAGAGAAGGAAGGCACAAGGAAGGGCUUAAGGUUGCUCAUGAGAUGUUGCAGCUUGGGGUCGGCCUGUCGGUUGCUUGAUUGAGUGUCCCUGCUGGCAUAACGGUUCUGGAUUGCUUGAUGAAGGCAGGGAAGCUGGAUGAUGUGUGCCGGUUGAUGGGAAGGAUGGUUGAGGAGGGGAUUGUACCAGAUACCAUAUCUUGUAACUCUAUCUUGGAGGCACUUUGUGAAGCUGGGCGGACUUCUGAUGCAAACAAGCUGAGGAUUCUGGCUAAGGAGAAGGGUUUUCAGGCUGAUGGUGUGACUUAUAGCAUGCUGGUGCAGGGGUUUGGUAGGCAGGGAAGGGUGACGGAAGGCGAGGCUGUGUUGGAUGAAAUGCUUGAUUUAGGGUUUAUACCUAACAUUGUGGCUUACAAUAGGCUUCUUGAUAGCUUACACGUGCGGAGAUCUUUGCAAUAACAAGUGAACUCCUCUAGGCAUGUGUAUGCUCCAAACAUUUGUUGGCCACAUGGAAGCAUCAAACUGCAAGAUGUCAGAGAGUUGGAGCUUAGAAUUCAUGUGCAAAGACUUUUGGAGGAACAUAAAACAAAACAAGGGAUAGUCAGAUAGAUGGCAGUUGAGACGAGCGGUGGUCAUAAUUGCACUGACAGAAGUUGCGAAAUUCCAAUGAUUCGAAUGAGCGUUUGGGAAAUCCAAUGAACAGCACACAUGGGUAUUGACUGCACGCACCCAAGCAAGAACUGGAAGCCAACACUGUGCAUCUAGCAUAUCACCCCUGCAUCUGCUAUUCUGCUUGAGGCAUUUGUGAUAUGUUCGAGAAACACCAAGAUAAUUUGCCGGGCCUGACCAGAAUGCUAGAAGAUAAGCCUCUCAGCUGGUUGCAGAACGUGAUUGGAUAUUUCCCUUCCAUCAACAGAUUUAUGUUUGGAUUUGGAAUGUUGACAAGCGUUCCUGCAGAUGAAGCACUGGUCCGGUAGAAGCACCGGUGAAGAUGGCAUCUGAAAAUACUAUGAUUGUAAUAACCCUGUUGGCUUCCAUGGCGUGAGAGAAGAUACACAGAUGAAGAAAAUACAGGAGUAAUAAAAGUGAGAUGGAACUUUUCUUCAGUUAUUUUUUCUAUGUCUCAAGAAGCGUCUCCAUAUUCAGAUUACAACUCUGUCAGAAUCUGUUUCCUCUUCUGUUUCUGAAUGAAUAUCAUCCAUAGGCAGCAGGGUGGUUACAGUGAUCUGCUGUGAUGAUGCAAAAGCAUUAAAGCAACCAGGCACAUUUAUGUUGCUAGAGAAAAUUGUGAACGAAUCUGAAAGAAAAGAAAAUAGAGAGCACGUAUGUUGAA